AUGCGCGAGGCUAGCGCGCACUGCGACAUCCCUUGCGGUAUCUACGACCCUAUUUCAGCGAAGAUCGCCGCCCAAACCGUACAGAAGAUGGUGCUUCGCAUCGGGCAACUAGAGGGUGACGACGUCGCCUCCCAGAACUCGCUGUCCCGCUACAUCACCGUCAAGGAAGAGCAUGCUGAGCUGUGCAAGCACGAGCUCCGCGUACUUUGGGCCGACUACACAUGGCCAGGCACCGAUGCCAACGAGAUCGCGGCCAAGUUCAACGCGGCCCUGAAGCUGGCCGGACAGUGUAAGCAGACCGUUAGCAUGGACAACGCCGAGGCACUGGUCGCAGCGGUGGACGAUAUCGCCUCCACUUUCUGGGGCACCAAGGGCGUAGAAUACAGCGACCCCGUCGCCGAGGCCCGAUACGGCGCAUAG